AUGAGGAUCAGCUUGGGUUCCGAGAGUCUGCAGUCCCGGUUUCUGAAAGCACCGGCAUAUGGACCAUUUGUGAUCAGAGAUGAGGAAAAACCUAAAGCAAAGCAUGUAGCUCUCCCCUCAAAGCAUAGUUUAUUUGAAAGUGGAGAAGAUCCCAUGAGGAGCAGUACCGUUAAUCAGCCUGAAUGUGAAGGACACAAUAUUUUGACAACUGAAAUACAAGACCUAAAUCAAUCAGAAACUCAACAAUGUGUAUUGGAUAGUCACAAAAUUAUGAAUAACAAUGAUAAAAAUAUUUUACAAGAAAAUAAGGAACAUAUAUGUAGCGAAUGUGGAAAAGGCUUUGAUAACAAGAGACAUUUUAAUAAUCACUUGAGGAACCACAGAGGAGAGAAACCAUUUAUAUGUGCUAUGUGCGGAAAAGCGUUCUCAUGCAACUUUCAUCUUAUUGUACAUAUAAGAUCUCACACUGGAGAGAAACCCUUUGUGUGUGGUGAUUGUGGAAAAGGUUUUACUAGUCGUUCAGCUAUGCUUUUUCACCAGAAAAGCCAGACUGGAGGAUUUAUUUGUUCCAUAUGUGGUAAAUCGUUAAUUUGCCGCUUAGGUCUUGCUAGACACAGGUUGAUUCACACAGGAGAUCGUCCAUUAGCUGGUUCUCACAUAGGGCAAAAAAUGAUGCACUCCCCAGAGAAGUCUUUUGUUUGCAAAGAAUGUGGUAAAUGUUAUAAAAACCGCUCAUCGCUAUACGUUCAUAAAAAGAUACAUCACGAUAUCCGACCAUGUGAUUCUGGACAUGAAGACCAACACUUAGACCACAAAUGGAUGUAUUCCUCAGAGAAGCCCUUUCUUUGCAAGGAAUGUGGAAAAUGUUAUAAAAACCGUUCAUCUCUAUACACUCACAAGAAAAAACAUGCUCAUUUGCGACCAUUUGAGUGCAACAUAUGUAGUAAAAGAUUUAGUACUGAUUCCCGUCUUGAGCUGCACAUGAAUAAACAUACUGCAGAGAAGCCCUAUAUCUGCUCUGAAUGUGGGAAAGAAUUUUGUCAGAGUUCAGAACUUGUUAAACAUAUGAGGUUACAUAUGGGAGAUUCAAGCUAUGCUGCCAGUGAGUGUGGAAAGGACUACACAAUUAAUGAGAAUACCAUAACUCAAGAGAAAAGCAAUACAGACAAUUGUCAAAUUAGAGAAGAAAAGUCAGAAGAUUUGUCUUACAUAGUGGAUGAUUCAGUUGAGAGAUUUGUUGAAGGAACACAUAUAACUAAUAAAGAGGAAGAACCUAUAUCAAAUGACGUGGCUCCUUUAUCAAAUGAAUGCUUACUGGAAAAUGGAGACAGUGAUAGGCAAGAUCCCUUAAAAAUUAGUACAGAUAAUUCAUUAAGCCCAUCUAAGUUUGAAACGCACAAUCUUAUAACAAACCAAACACAAGACCUAAAUCACCAGGAGACGGAAAGUGCAUCCGAUGCUUAUGAAAAUGAUAAAAAUAUUUUAGCAGAACAGAAGGAACAUGUUUGUAGUGAAUGUGGAAAAGGCUUUGAUAAUAAGAGACAUUUUAAUAAUCACAUGAGGAACCACAGAGGAGAGAAACCAUAUUCAUGUGGUACAUGCGGAAAAGCGUUCUCAUGCAACUCCCUUCUUGUCGUCCAUAAUAGAACGCACACUGGAGAAAGACCCUUUGAGUGUGGUUAUUGUGGAAAAGGUUUCAUCAGUCGUUCUUCUUUGCUUUAUCACCAGAAAAGCCACACUUGUUCUGUAUGUGGCAAAUCCUUUACUUGCCACGUAGCUCUUUCUAAACACAGGUUGACUCAUGCAGGAGAUCGGCCAAUAGCUUCUUUUGAACAUGAAAAACAACACUUAGGCCACAGAAGGAUACACUCAUCAGAGAAGGCCUUUGUUUGCAAGGAAUGUGGGAAAUGUUAUAAAAACCGUUCAUCUCUAAGCACUCACAAAAAAAUGCAUAGCAAUAUGCGACCGUUUUGUUGUACUAUAUGCCCUAAAACCUUUAGUUCUAGCUCACGUCUUGUUCUGCACGCGAGAUUACAUAUUGCAAAGGAACCCUAUACAUGUUCUGAAUGUGGAAGUAAAUUUUGUCAAAGCUCAGAACUUGCUGAGCACAUAAAGUCACAUAUGGGAGAUAUGACCUGUGUUGGCAGUAAUUGUGCAAACGACUCCACAAUUCAUGAAAAUCUUGUAGAUCAACAGAGAAUCAACACAGAAACAUUUGUGGCCAGAGCAGAAGAACCUGAAGCCAAGUAUGUGGCUCGUCCAACAAAUGACAGUUUCUUUCAAAGUGGAGAAAGUCAUAAACAAGAUCCUUUAAACUGA